AUGCCAACCAGAACACCUUUAAUCAUCCUCAGUCUUCUCACGAUCGCCCUCGGGCUCCAGCUAGUGGCGUUGUUGACGGUGCCGGUGAGCCUGACCAUGAGUCUUUGCAGGUACGGAGAGCACGCCUUUGGGGUGUUUGGGUUCUGCAACAUCACCAGUGGGGCGUGCUCUGACAUCCUGAUCGGGUAUAAAAACACCACCAUCGACGAGCUUCUGGGGUUCCUGCUCCCGUCCAAUACCAGGCAGUCGAUCUCGCGGUUGUUGGUGGUGCACCCCAUCAGUGCCGGGUUCACGUUGGUGUUGCUCGUGUUGGCGGUGCUCGUCCAUUUGGUGGCCAACGACCUACGGUUGUUGUUUUUGUCGGUGCUAUGGACGUUACCGACGUUUUUGCUCAGCUUGCUCAGUUUCUUGGUGGAUAUCUUGCUAUUUUCGCCGCACUUAGAGUGGUGCGGGUGGAUUAUAUUGGGGUCGACGGUGUUGAUUGCCAUGUGUGGUGCGAUGCUCUGCGUGAUGCGAAGGUCUAGUUCAAGUAGAAUGGUGGGGGGAGGGUAUCAUAAUGUGAGGAGUAAUAAGGAGGAGGAGGGGGAGGGGGAGCCGAAACUUUCGGAGGAUGAGUAUUAUGGUGAUGAUGAGUAUUACGAGACUUUGCGAAGAAGUAGUAUGGGGAGUUAUCUUGAGGAGAAUCAGGAGGAGGAGAUUAUGAUGGAUGAAUUGCGGCCGUUAAGGAGGGUGAGCAGUUGA